AUGGUCCCCAACCUCCCUGACCAUAAAAAACACGCGAAAGCUUCAACCUUUCGGCUUUUGAAGCCUGAAAAGAAGUAUAUCGGAACAGAGAAAAUCUGUGCUUGCUUUGCUGGUUUAUUUGAACUCUGUGCCAUGCAUAAAGCAGACCAAAAUUUGGCUCCCUUCUGGACACUCUCGGUUCUAGGUUUGCCAAUCUGUGACUGUGACU